UUGUGGACUGCAUGUUUUGAACAUAAAUAAGAGCUACGUGCAACAUUUUCUUCUUCAGCAGAGUUUGUAAAGGUCAGAGAGAGUGUGAUCGAAUCAUCAGCUCUCUGACAACAAAGAUCAAAGAAGAUGGACUUUUAAAACAAUUUUAUUUCCCCCGGCACGUGUGAUCUGGAUUAUUUGGACUUCGGUAUUAUGCGACGCUCGGCAAGUUGUUUUUCUCAACCCCACAAAAGAUAAAUUUAAGCCCCUGUCGCCCGGGUUGCUGCGCGCUAGCUAGCUUGCUUUAAGCAUUUGUCGACAUAAUCGCGCUUGACUGGAUCCUUAUUUUCAGCAACCAUCAGUCGAUUUCCUUUCAAAAAUGGAUCUUGAUACAACUCGCGGCGACAUCACCCCUGAUCAUGAGCAUUUUAGCACCGGGCCUGAUUUUUUUCCCCGACUUCCAAGGCUCUCCCUUACCGAGCUCGGGUCGAGGGGUUCCCCCUGCAUGAAGAACCUAGCAUCCCCCAUACCCAUGGCAGUGCUUUCUCCUGUGACUAACCUGGCUCUAAAUUUGGAUAAUCUUGCUGUGCUUGGAGGUCAAUGUGAAACUCCCAAGCGGAAGAAAACUCUGCCCCUCCUGAAGAUCCCUUCCUUCGCAUCUGAUGUUUCCUCUGAUGCAGGUCUUGGAUUGGAUUCUCCCAGCCCUCUGGACCCUUUGGAUGCUGAACAAAAAUUUGAGAAGGUCAUACAGGAUUCGACAAGAAUAGUCAAUGAGAAAAUGCCUAUACGCAGGAUACAUUCUUUGCCGGUGCAGUUAUUGGGUCACAGUCCCAAUCUGAAAAAUAAAGAAUGUGAUCCAUCACGCUAUGGAGUUUGGACUAGAGGACACGACACUGCCAAUAAAGAAAAUCUGGUGGAGGAGAAUUUUGAGUUCAAAAAGCCUUCCAUGCCUGCAUCUCGCUGCCGCAUGCGCUCCACCGGAGGUGCCAAGGAUGCUUUUGCCUGCCGUCCCAACUCUGCUCCUGCUUUAAUGCUGUCCCCACCGUCAUCCAAUCAGUUCGACUCUUCUGAUGACAGCAGUCCCUUUAUAUUGAGACGUCCCUCACUUUCCUGUCUCCAAGAUGACGAUGAUGAUGAUGGCUUCUUGGAGGGGCUUGAUGAUGUGGAGACUGACUCUGUGGUUCCAUUCGGAAUGGAUAGUCUUCUCACAGCCCCUCUUGUGGCCAAGCAAAACUUGGAGAGUGCUGAUUCGCCUGUGAUCCGCUGCCGUCCACGUGGGCUGUUUCGAUCUCCGUCUAUGCCAUGUACGGGAGGGCGUAUCCCACUAAAGAGACCCGAGAGACCUCAAGAUGAGAACACACCUGUGAGAGUCAAGAGGAGACGAAGCCUGGCAGGAACACAAGUUGCUCCUUCAGAGCAGGAAGAUGUCAUGCCCCAUCAGGUUCAAAGGUCCAAGUCAUUUAAUCACUCAGAGAUUGAAAGAAUGUUGGAAAUAGAUCCCAGUAAUGUGAUUGGAGAUUUCACCAAGGCUCCUGCACUACCUACGGUAGAAGGAAGACAUCAAGAGCUGAAAUACAUCACACCAGAGAUUAUGGUUAAAGCAUUGAACGGUCAAUAUAAUGAUCUGGUGGAGAGGUUGUUUGUCAUCGAUUGCCGGUAUCCUUACGAGUAUGAAGGUGGCCAUAUUAAGGGUGCACUUAACCUUCAUCUUGAGGAUCAAAUUGAAGACUUCUUUCUAAGAUGUCCGAUCCUCCCUGUGUGCCCCGAGAAGCGCGUCUUGCUGGUUUUCCACUGUGAAUUUUCAUCGGAGCGCGGCCCACGUAUGUGCCGCUUCGUUCGAGAAAGAGAUCGGUUUCAGAACGAGUAUCCCAACCUCCAUUACCCUGAACUCUAUAUCUUGAAGGGUGGCUACAAAGAGUUUUUCCCACUUCACAAGUCGGAGUGUGAACCUCAGGAUUACAGACCAAUGGCUCACGAGGACUUCAAAGAAGACUGCAGAAAGUUUCGCCUUAAAAGCCGCACCUGGUCUGGAGAACGCAGCAAAAGAGAAAUGUACAGUCGUCUCAAAAAACUUUGAGGCGCGUGUGCUUCUCUUCAUGAAUUAACUGCCUUUUUAUUGCUCAUACACUGCCCUCAAACAUGAGACACAGCAGGAACCUGCAGAGGUGUUUGACGGGGUUUGCUCUGUUGGACAGUUGUUGGUUUUUAGGGUUUGGUAUUGCCUCCAAUGUCAAGUGGAGCUUACAGGCUGCUGUUCUUCUUACAGCCAAAGUUUCUUCUAAACUGGUCCCAUCACUUUAAACUGCCAUUUAUUUUUAACCAUGCUACAUGUCAUUGCCAUGUGUUGAGCCUUAACAUAUUUUAAAUGUCCCAUGUUUUUAUUCUCCUGUUUUGGUCAAUUUAAAAUUUUUUUUAGGUUCUUGGUUCUUCUGUUGAGCACUUUGUAAACAAUUGUUGUGAUUCGAGUGCUAUGUACCUGCCUAUUUCUUACCCCUUUUUAAUUUAAUUUUCAUUUGCCCAUUUAUUAGUUGUAAUUAAGACUGGAUAACUAUUACAAUUAUUGUUAUAUAAAUGUAAUUUUCUUACAUUUUAUCAUUAUGUACAUUGUCAUCCCAGAAUAAUGUUAUUUGUACCCCUGAGUUGAUUUAAAAUUUUUUUUUUUAAUUGUGAGGUUUUAUGUGGACCCAGCAAUAAUAUUUUUCACUUGACUAACAGCUUUAACUCGUAACUUUUGCUGCUGGUCAGCAAGUGAUGACCGCAUCAAUGUUCAUACAGUGUUCAAAGACACACAUAUUUGGGUUUAUUUGUCUAUAAACUAAUUUUACAGUUUACUUCAGUUCUCCCUCAAAUGCUUAUAUAUUUAGUAAAUUGCCCUGCCUGACUGUUGUUUUUUGGUCAUGUGUGACUUGAGAGGCUGGUUUAUAUAUUCCUGAAUAAAUUACAGUUGAAAUUUGGGGUCUUGACUCAAA